AUGAAGCUCAGAAUCGCUAGUGUCCAACUCAAUCCUUUGCUAGGGAAACUUGAGGAAAACUCUCGCCGCGCAUCGGUCCUCCUUGAGAAGACCUUUGCGGCCGUUCAGAAACCCGACUUGGUGGUGUUGCCCGAGUUGGCGCUUACCGGGUACAACUUCCCGAGCCCCGCGGCCAUUGCGCCAUACUUGGAGGAGUUGUCUGUGCAGAACCCGGCACCGUCCAUGAAAUGGGCUAUGGAUACUUCGCGGAAAUACGAUUGUUUCACGCUCAUCGGGUACCCUGAAACGUUCCAGUCAAAAACCUACAACUCUGCCGUUUUGGUUUCCCCGUCGGGUUCUAUUGUGUACAACUAUAGAAAGUCGUUUUUAUACGAAACUGACUCUGUCUGGGGCUCUCUGGAAAGUUCUACAGGGUUUGAGACCUUCAACUUGAACUUGAAUAAGAAGGCGUACACCGGGGAGGGGGGCGUAGAUGCCUUUGUGAAGACCACCAUCGGGAUCUGCAUGGAUUUGAACCCAUACAAGUUUGAAGCGCCAUUCAACAAAUUUGAAUUUGCCUCUCACGCGUUUUCUACCGAUUCCAGUCUCAUCUUGUGUCCCAUGGCGUGGUUAUCUGGGAAGUCGCCGUCAGUUAACGACGCCUUAUCCGCCGCGGAGAAGGCGAGUGCGGGGCUAGAACUCGCUAAACACUUUCCUGUGGAAGCUGACAAGACGCUCAACCCUCCUGUGAUUGAUGCUGCUCAUACAGCCCAACGCACCUGGGACUAUACCUUGGAGCCAUCAGCAUACGAUAUCGCCCAGCCGGACUACUCCAACGUGAACUAUUGGGCCUUGCGCUUCUUUCCAUUCAUGAACCAUAAGAUGAAGGCGGGCUAUCCCUGGAUGGCCAACCACAAGAGGCGAACCGUGGUGCUAUGCAAUAGAUCUGGUGUGGAAAGCGACGUGUUGUACGGUGGUUCGUCCUCCAUUUUUCAGUUUAAUGGAAAGACGGCUGAUAAAGAGGGUGACUUCGAAGCGUUGAAUGUGCAAAAUAAGAGUGUGGAUGUCUUGGGAAGUUUGGGGCAGGGAAUAGAGGGGGUUCUAGUCAGAGAUGUUGAGAUUUGAGGGCGAGUGGUUUGCACGAAGGCAUGAAUGCUCAGGGAUAUGAUAUCGGUUCUCCUAACGAUAAUCUAGACGAGGGGAUUGUCUUAGAUUAUGGCCAGGCUGUGGGUAACAUUUGCACCAGCUACGAUGGUACCAGCAUGACUUAAUGUUCGACAUACCCGCGGGUGUGAUUCCAGCCGUUCAAGAAUAUCAAGAUAGCGUGGUGAAGGUUUGGAGGGAUACACCAAUUUUGUGCAACUAUCUGAAUGAAGUAGCAUAUAUCAAAAAGAUUAAUGCAAUAACUAAAUGAGGUAUAACAAUCAUCAAUGAUACAUACCUAGCUCUGCUAACGUCGCCGGUUUACACAUUAAAGAUAUACGUAUCCGAGAUUUCCACCCAUUGUAUAUAAGAGAUUAGUAGAUUACAAAUCGAACAAAGUACAUCACCUAUCUAU